UAAUUUUUUUAAAAAUGUUUUAAAAUUGAAAAUAUUUAUUUCAAAAAGAAAUGAAAAUAUUAAAAGCGCUGUACUAGUUAAAACUUUACUCGGCCAAAUCUUGCAACUAAGAAAGACAUGAGAAAUAUGUUGCUACUAUCACCGCCAGCAACAACCUCGCUAUUCCCAACACGACAUCGCAGUUUCAAUGUGGCGAACGCCCAGACGAGGUUCCAUCAGCGACUCCUGAAGGUCAGAAGCAUGGCAGAGGAGAGCAGAGAAGAAGGAAACAAGGCGUUGGAGAUCGCUGGAAUCGGAGGUGGAUUAAUUGCAACACCAGUAAUAGCGUGGUCUCUUUACACGCUGAAGACGACAGGGUGUGGGCUUCCACCAGGACCUGGAGGGUCAUUAGGAGCAGUGGAAGGGGUGAGUUACCUUAUAGUUGUGGGGAUUAUAGGUUGGUCAUUGUACACCAAAGCCAAAACUGGAUCUGGUCUGCCCAACGGUCCAUUUGGAUUGCUGGGAGCUGUAGAAGGACUAUCUUACUUGUCAUUGCUUGCCAUUUUGGUUGUGUUUGGAUUGCAGUUCCUUGACAAAGGUUACAUUCCAGGGCCUGUUCCUGGUGAUCAGUGUUUCGGCUGAGAUUUCUUUGCGUAUUGCAGAUGGAUAAGGUGGGCCAUGCCACCAUUAUUAUAUAUCUUCAAUUUGUGGCCAUGCUUUAUCCUGUUUUCUCUUGUUCAAUGUGUUCCUACUUUUCCAGGUUA